AGCAAGAUGGGCCCCCUGCCCUCCUGCCCCCUCCCCAUCCUCCUCUUCUUCCUCCCCUCCAUUGCCAUGGAGGCCCACCCCCCACCCUUGCCACUGCCCCCAUUCCCAGCCCCCGAGUGGGACCUCUUGUCCCCCCGAGUAGCCCUAUCCCGGGGUGCCCCUGCAGGGCCCCCGCUGCUCUUCCUGCUGGAGGCAGGGGCCUUUGGGGAGUCCGUGGGCAGCCCAGCCAACCGCAGUCGGCGCGGAGUGAGUGAGACGGCGACAGCGCAUCGCAGGGGAGAGCUGGCUGUGUGUGACGCAGUCAGUAGCUGGGUGACGGACCGCAGGAGUGCCGUGGACCUGCGUGGACGCCAAGUGGAGGUGCUGGGUGAGGUGCCCGCGGCCGCAGGCGGGCCCCUCCGCCAGUACUUCUUUGAGACCCGCUGCAAGGCUGACAGCUCAGGGGCAGGUGACCCCGGUGGGGCUGGAGGAGGCUGCCGGGGCGUGGACCGGCGUCACUGGUUGUCCGAGUGUAAAGCCAAACAAUCUUACGUGCGGGCCCUGACCGCUGAUGCCCAGGGCCGUGUGGGCUGGCGAUGGAUUCGAAUCGAUACAGCCUGCGUCUGCACACUUCUCAGCCGGACUGGACGGGCCUGAGACCCAAGUCCUGAAAUUCAGGAGGCCUACCACAACCAUGAUGACGAAGAGAACUGGAUGCUGAAUGACCUCUGGGGGGCAGUCCCACUGCUCUGGGCCUCUAGGUACUUGUCCUGUGAUCACAAAAUCAUAGCUCUCUGACUUGGAGAGUUCAAGGCCAAGCCAGACAGGUGGUGAAAC